UCUACAGACAAUGGAAACUGGCAUCUGAGAGAGUUUAGCCAUGUAAGGAGUUAAGAGGGAGGAGCAUUUCAACAGCACUUUGCUGAAGUGGAUGGGGAGGAGCAUUACAAUGUCACUUUGCUGAAAUGAAACUUAAGUAUACAGUGUAUUGAGUAUGGAAUAAACUCUCCCCAGCUCUUCAGAAAUAUCUAUUAAUACACAGUCUACUAUCUCACAGAAAAUACAAAGAUAUUACCCACAAACACAUGCAGAUAUGCCCACCUCCAGUACUCUCCUGUAUGAAGAGCAAAUCCUGUGCUCUAUCUGUCUGGAUGUACUGUASUCACCGAMGAAGGCUGAAGGGCUCAUUAAAGAGCUGGAGCAGGAAACCACUGAGCUAAAGWGAAGAAGCACUGAGCUGGAGCAGCUCUCACACACUGAGGACGACCUAAACCUCCUCCAGAGCUUCCCAUCCCCGUGCAGCCCUCCACUCACCAAGGACAGUGAUCUGUGUGUGGGGAUUGUGAGGAGAGCCGUGUCUCAGCUAGAAGAGCCAGUCAUGAGUGAGAUGAAGAGGUUGUUUGAUGAUGAGCUGAAGAGGAUUCAACAGUAUGCAGUGGAUGUGACUCUGGACCCUGAUACAGCAAGCCCCUGGCUCAUUCUGUCUAAGAAUGGGAAAGAAGUGAGAACUGGAGAAAAAAAACAGAAGCUCCCUGAUAACCCAAAGAGGUUUGAUUCUGCCGUUAAUGUCUUGGGAAAGAAAGGCUUCUCCUCAGGGAGAUUCUACUAUGAGGUCACUGUUACAGGGAAGACUGAGUGGAAUUUAGGAGUGGCCAGAGAGUCUAUCAACAGAAAGGGGACUGUCGCAUUAAGCCCUGAUAAUGGACGCUGGGCAGUGAUCCUGAGGGAUGGGAGUAAGUACACAGCUUGUGCCCCGACCCGUGUCCACCUCUGCAUGAGAGAGAAGCCCCAGAAGGUGGGGGUGUUUGUGGAUUAUGAGGAGGGUCAGGUCUCAUUCUAUGAUGUGGAGGCCAGGUCUCAUAUCUACUCUUUCACUGGCUACACCUUCACUGAGAAACUCUAUCCAUACUUCAGCCCUUUGCUCAAUGAUGGUGGUAAAAACUCUACUCCUCUAAUCAUCUKUCCUGUCAAUCACACAGACUGAGUUUGAACCUGAAAUUAACUGACCUGUAAAAUUAAUACCUCAAUUAGAGUUCACUCUUUCAUCAAACACUAGGAAUAAUAUUUCACUGUAGUUUAUUAUCUAACUUAUUAUUAUUUGACUUCUAAAAGAACAGUCCUU